UGUUUGGUGACAUGACAUCCGCACUUGAGUACCUAGGUGUAGGGUGUAGUGAGAUCGAGUGAGAACCUUAACAUGUUUUGAAUUGAAUUUGCAGUUAAGUAUACGUUGUUAAAUUAAAUAUCGUUGAACCAGAAUUAUUUAACCAAUAUGUCUUCCCAACUAAUAGACAAGUUUAGGCAGCUUGACGCUUACGCUAAAACUUUGGAAGACUUUAGAGUAAAAACGGCCACCGGAGCGGCAGUAACUGUCUCAGGAGUAGUGAUAAUGAUUUUCCUAUUUCUUUCGGAACUACACACUUACAUGUCGCCGAAUAUAUCGGAGGAACUGUUUGUGGACACGUCAAGAGGACACAAGUUGCGAAUUAAUUUGGAUUUUGUUAUACCGACUAUUUCUUGUAACUAUUUGGUAUUGGAUGCUAUGGACUCAUCAGGAGAGCAGCAUCUGCAAAUGGAUCAUAAUAUUCACAAACGCAGACUAGACUUAAGUGGAAAUCCCAUAGAAGAACCAAAGAAACAGGAAAUUAUGACAACUACUAAACAUAUUGAAAAGCAAAAUAAAACUGAAGUAGCAAAGUUUACCUGUGGAAGCUGCUAUGGAGCAGCAUUUAAUGAAUCUCAGUGUUGCAACACAUGUGAUGAUGUUAAAGAGGCUUAUAGAAUAAGAAGAUGGGCAAUGCCAGACUUAACAACCAUUGAACAAUGCAAGGAUGAUGAGUCAGUGGAGAAAACCAGCCAAGCAUUUAAAGAAGGAUGUCAGAUAUAUGGCUAUAUGGAAGUUAAUCGGGUCGGAGGAAGUUUUCACAUUGCACCGGGCAAGAGUUUUACCAUCAAUCAUGUUCAUGUUCAUGACGUCCAACCAUUUUCAUCUUCAAUGUUCAACACCACACAUGUUAUCAAACACUUAUCAUUUGGAUCAGAUAUAAAAAGUGCUAAUACUGCACCCUUGGAUGGUAUUGUAGGUUUAGCAAAAGAAGGUGCAGUCAUGUUCCAGUAUUAUAUUAAAAUAGUCCCUACAAUGUAUGUAAAAUUAGACAAGACUGUUUUACACACAAACCAAUUUUCAGUGACCAGACACCAAAAAUCUGUUGCAAAUAUUAAUUCAGAGUCUGGCAUGCCAGGGGCAUUCUUUAGCUAUGAAUUAUCUCCUUUAAUGGUUAAAUACACAGAAAAAGAAAGGUCUAUUGGUCAUUUAGCUACAAACAUUUGUGCAAUAAUAGGUGGAGUAUUUACAGUGGCUGGAAUUCUAGACACUCUUUUAUACCAUUCAUUGAAUGCUUUUGGAAAUAAAGUCUCUUUAGGCAAAGCUGGAUAA